ACAGUUCUGACUUUCAAUUCUUCUUCUUUUACUGGUCAUGCAGCCUUCGCUCAUUCUGCGGUCGGGGCGGUCUGCUUGGAAAGGCCCGUACUUUGUAGCCUUUCCAAACCUGAAGGAAGCACUCAUCAACAAUGUUGCUAUAAGAACACAGGCUCGCGCAUGCACUAUCCUCCCAAAUUUCGUCGGUAUCCGUUUCAUGGUGCAUAAUGGUAAAGACUAUGUCCCUGUCAUGAUAACGCAGGAUAUGGUUGGCCAUAAGCUCGGUGAAUUCGCACACACCAAAAGGCGCUUUACUUACAAGAUGACAAAGAACAAGUAGCUGGUUGCACUGGUUUAUUCUGUUAAGUUCACUCUGUCCGCUCACUGCAGGAGAUUGCACGGAUCAUUUUCUGAGUGUCUAUUAAAUAAGUGGAUGCGGGUGGACAUUGAAGGGCAGAAAGGAGCCCUUGAGCAGGAUUAUAGAUGAUAUUUAUCCUGCCGUUUGAACGUUAGCUAGCUAUAGACUGUAGCAUAGUGUUUAUACCCUUGAAGAAGAUCAUCAAUGCAGUGUUACCGUGGUGA